UGCUGACUACCAGCGACACAUUUACAAAUAUGAAGACUGGUAAGCCUGAAUACUCAAGAGGAUGGCAAUAUACAGCAACCAAUCUUUUGGGCGAUAAAAGAGAGAGUAUGUGCAAGAAUGUUUUACUUCAGCGAUCAAUUCUAGGACGCAGCAAUACACAUUGCCUAAAAGUCCCUCCCCCACCAUUCACUUACGGAAUUAAAAAUGUUAAAACCAGUGGUGUCUCUGAUGCCCUUCACUGGAUCGAUGAUACCACAAUUCGUCAGAAGUCUAAUGACCAUAUAUAUCUAACUCGGGACUUCGUGGCACUAAACUGUGAUAGUGUAAGGCAGGGAGUGACAACAAGCAAGGAAAUGACUCACUUUAGGGCGUUACACGAUAGAUUGAGACCGAAGCAAGCGAAACGCAGAUCAAGAACGGAGUCACCAAAACUACAUUUGGAUGUCACUCAUGGUAUGCCUAACAAAGCCUCUACGCCAAUUCAAGAAAUCCUUUCAAACAAAUAUCAAAAAGACUGGAUUGAUGCACAGAUGAGGAAAUCAGACAAAACAGAAGCAAAAUUAGCUGGACUAACGAGCAUGUCCAGAAGAGUUAACCAUCCUGACACAGAUGCGAUGGUUAAAAGAAAUUGCAUGACGAAAAACAAAGAAGAGAGCUUCUGGAAGUUGAAGAGGUUUGAACAAAAUGUAAGUUUACAGAAACUUUUAAAUCCUCAUGUUUAGACAAUCUACUUGAACUGAGAUAUACAUGUGGCUAGUAAGACCAGAAGAAUUAAACAAACAUGUACAGGAGCACCCCACAAAUCGUAAUAAUUCUAAGUGAAUUCAAUAAGCCAAUGGCAUUCGACAAACUAUUGCGAAAAAAUUGAAAUUUAAUACUUAGUGAUGUACGAUUAAAACUAAAUCCUCACCAGCCAAAAGGAUUGGGUAACUGGUUUGUGAUCACCACUGACUUUGAAGUGAUAAUCACGUAUACCAAGACCAAAGUCAUAGAAUUUUAAGUUGGUCAGUGAACACAAUAACUGAUGUCUGAUAACUAGUUUUGACAGUUGGUACUUAAGUAAUUCAAAGGUAAUUGAAAGCGAAAAGUUUGGCAGUGUGAGAUCUCCACCCAUCUCUACCACAUGUCAUCAGAUGGAAUUUCCUAUCUAGCUGGAAGAAAUUGUGACUUAUUGUUUGGAGAAGAAUACACUGCUUCAACUUAAUCUGUUUGUUUUUAUAUAUGUAUACUAACUCACUACCUAAUGAUUAUUUUACGGUUUUUUAUUGUUACUAAAAUUUACGGGAACUAGAAUGGUGUUCCUAAAC